UCCCUGCGCGCUUUCCGCACUUUACUCCUCCUAUUCCGCCAGUCUGGACAUGGCUGCCACCAGGUACCGUCGAUUCCUGAAGUUAUGUGAGGAAUGGCCAAGAGACGAAACCAAGAAAGGCCGAGAUUUGGGGACGUUUUUACGACAGAGAGUGGCCAGCGCAUUCAGAGAGGGUGAAAAUACUCAGAUCUCAGACCCCGAAAAAUGUGAUCAGAUGUAUGAAAGUUUGGCUCGAAUAAACAGCAAUGUUUACAAAGAAAAGUUCCCACGAGUGAAAGACACAAGUUUCACAGGUGUGACAGUGGAAGAGUGUCGGAUGUUAUUAGCAACAGGAAAUAUGCAACAGACGGAUGAAGAAAAGAAAGGAUUGUGGAAGACUCUGAUGGAGCGAUUCUCCUCUAAACCAGAAGAUGCAUCUCCUGAGAAGUCAGAAAAACAGUAAUUUUUUACUGUAGGCUCUAUUCCAGCACAUUUUCAUUUACAAACUAUUCUUCGGUUAUUUUAUUAAUACAUCAGAUACAUUCUGUACAUUGCCACUGUUACUGUCAGCCAACUGCAUGUGCCUCAUAUGCAGUGUAACUCUAUGAAAAUUGUAUACAGUAUUUAAUGUAAUUUGUGUCUGUGUCUUACAAACCAUUAAAGAUAUGUUGUAUUAAAAUCAUGAAAAAA